GGGAAAACUGGACGGGCUUUACACCGUCGGGCCUCGGCUGAGUUCAUUUUCGUAAUUUCACCGAAAUUUUGGUCUCCCCAUUCGUACAAAACCACCCGCAUUUGUUUGAGUGUCCAGUCUCCAGCUCCAUCCACUUGCCUUUGUCUUGCGUUCUUUCAAAAUUUCUAUCAGCAAUGGCUUUCACAAAUCAUCUCCCCUUUCAGUUCUACGUUUCCUCAACCAAACCUUUCAUCUUCCCCAGCUUUUCCACCACUCUAAACCCACUUCCAUCCAUUUAUUCUGCUUCACCAUUCAAACCAUCACCCAAAAUUUCCAAAUCCGACAACCGUACAUCAGUUACAAUCACAGCCCCAUUACAAAUAUUCAACGCAAAUCCAUUGCCAGUUGAGAGCAAAAACUUGCUUCUUAGGUGCACGAGUGAAUGAUGUAGCUACAUCUGAAAAGGAAGAGCAAGUAGAGAUGGAAGUUGCAAAGGGAUAUAGCCUCUCUCAAUUUUGUGAUAAAAUAAUUGAUAUUUUCUUGAAUGAGAAGCCCAAGACCAAAGAAUGGAGGAAGUUUUUGGUAUUUAGGGAGGAGUGGAAAAAGUAUCGUGAGAGCUUCUACAGUCAUUGCCAAAGGCGGGCGGAUUGGGAGGAUGAUCCAAUUAUGAAAGAGAAGUUAAUAUCACUUAGGAGAAAAGUUAAAAAGAUUGAUGAUGAAAUGGAAAUCCACAGUGAACUUCUCAAGGAAUUACAGGACAGCCCGACUGACAUUAAUGCGAUAGUUGCAAAGCGGCACAAAGAGUUCACAGAUGAGUUUUUUAAGUUCCUAACUCUGAUAUCGGAAACCCAUGACAGUUUGGAAGAUCGUGAUGCUGUGGCUCGGCUGGCAGCCAGAUGUCUGGCUGCAGUUAGUGCGUACAACCGAACAUUAGAAAAUGUGGAGACAUUGGAUUCUGCACAGGUCAAAUUUGAUAAUAUUCUGAAUUCUCCCUCAUUGGAUGUGGCUUGUGAGAAGAUUGCAAGUCUUGCAAAGGCAAAGGAACUUGAUUCAUCAUUGAUCCUUUUGAUAAACAGUGCUUGGGCUUCUGCAAAAGAAUCCACAACCAUGAAAAAUGAGGUGAAAGAAAUAAUGUAUCAUUUAUACAAGGCCACAAAAAGCAGUCUUAGAAGCAUGGCCCCUAAAGAAAUAAAGCUGUUAAAGCAUUUGCUGAACAUCGUAGAUCCUGAAGAACGAUUUUCAGCUUUAGCAACAACCUUCUCCCCAGGUGAUGGAAGUGAACAAAAAGAUCCAAAUGCUUUGUACACAACCCCGAAAGAGCUGCAUAAGUGGAUAAAGAUCAUGCUUGAUUCAUACCAUCUAAAUCAAGAAGAUACGGACAUCAGAGAAGCAAGGAAUAUGACUCAGCCUAUUGUUAUACAAAGGCUAUUCAUCCUUAAGGAUACUAUUGAAACUGAGUAUUUGGAACAGAAUCAGUUUCAGAAUCCUCAAUCAAGACCAAGUCAUAAUCAUGGUUCUGAGGAUGCAAUCUCCAUAUAGUUUUAGUGUAAAUGUCUCAUAUUUGUAAUUUAGCCGCCACUAGAACCACUAGUUUCAGCAUCUGAGUUUAAAGUUAGAAUAGUUGCAAGGUCAGGUAGCUCAUGUAACAAAUAUCAACAUCUUUCAAUUAAAUUGAUUUUUUUUUUCAGAUUUAAUAUCA